AUGGCAACAAAGGCUGGCCAUUUGUUGGCGAAGGGCCUGGGCAUCAAGCUCAGAGCCGGAGAGCCGUACCAGGAUGAAGUUAGCCGUGGCGAGUCUGUCCUGUCCGGCCAGACAGGCGAGACCUUUAUAGAGGAGCUUCCUCGGACAGCCGACGUCUUUCUCAACACCAUGCCCUCUAGCGCUCAGAUCCAGUCGUAUAUGCUGUCUCUCUUUCCAUUCCUAUCAUGGAUCAGCUUUUACAACCUGCAAUGGCUCAUAGGGGAUCUCGUUGCUGGUAUCACCAUUGGCGCUGUUGUCGUUCCCCAGGGGAUGGCAUAUGCCAAGCUGGCUAAUCUACCGGUCCAGUUUGGCCUCUACUCUUCAUUUAUGGGGGUCUUAGUCUACUGGUUUUUUGCCACGUCCAAGGAUAUCACUAUCGGACCAGUUGCCGUCAUGUCACAAGUUACCGGCAGUGUUGUCGCGGACAUGAAGAUCGCGUUACCCGAUGUUCCAGGUCACGUUAUUGCAUCGGCCCUCGCUAUUCUGGCGGGAGCCAUCGUCAUAUUCAUCGGGCUCAUUCGCUGCGGCUGGAUCGUCGACCUCAUCUCCCUCACUGCACUUUCGGCCUUUAUGACGGGCUCAGCUAUCAGCAUUGCCGUCGGCCAAAUUCCCACUAUGAUGGGCAUCACGGGCUUCUCGACAAGAGAUGCGUCAUAUCUGGUCUUCAUCCACACUCUGCAGGGACUUCCUAGGACGAAGUUGGACGCUGCUAUGGGGCUGACGGCUCUUACAAUGCUAUAUCUGAUCAGGGGGUUCUGCUCCUUUGCUGCACGUCGGUGGUCACAGCACCAACGGCUCUUCUUCUUCCUCUCGACGCUAAGAACUGUGUUUGUCAUUCUCCUAUACACACUCAUCAGUUACUUGGUCAACAGGGGUCUUCCCGAAAAACAGGUCAAGUUCAGCAUUUUGCUCACUGUCCCGAGAGGUUUCCAAAACGCAGCUGUUCCGGUGCUCAACGAGCGUGUUGCGAGUGGCCUACUCAGCUACCUGCCCGCCACCGUCAUCGUCUUGUUGAUUGAACACAUUGCUAUCUCCAAGUCGUUCGGACGCGUAAACAACUACAGGAUUGACCCGUCGCAAGAGAUGGUGGCCAUUGGCGUUACCAACAUGCUGGGUCCGUUCCUCGGCGGGUAUGCCGCGACCGGCUCGUUCAGCCGUACCGCCAUUAAGUCCAAGGCCGGCGUUCGCACGCCGUUCGCGGGUGUCAUUACAGCUUGUGUGGUUCUGCUGGCCAUCUAUGCUCUACCCGCUGUUUUCUACUAUAUCCCCAACGCCUCGCUGGCUGCCGUCAUCAUCCACGCGGUUGGAGACCUCAUCACACCUCCCAACACAGUGUAUCAGUUUUGGCUCAUCUCGCCUCUUGAAGUCGUCAUCUUCUUUGCUGGAGUGUUUGUCACCGUCUUCUCCACCAUCGAGAACGGUAUUUACACCACUAUCUGCAUGUCGGCUGCGCUGCUUCUUUACCGAACUCUCCGUACGAGGGGCCGGUUCCUGGGUCGUGUUAGGGUGCACUCAGUUCUGGACGACCACGUCAUCGGUGAUAGCCGCCAGGCCGUGAGCGAGUAUGGGACGUUCACGGGCUCGGCAGAGGUUCCUUACCGGAAUGUCUUUUUGCCCAUAACGCAUGCUGACGGCUCCAACCCGGAGGUGGAGCUUGGCAAUCCUUACCCCGGCGUCUUCAUCUAUCGGUUUUCGGAGGGCUUCAGCUAUCCCAACGCCGGCAACAGCUUGGAGUACAUGGUGCAAUUCAUUUUCUCCCACACACGCCGUACCAAUCUCACUAACUUUCAGCGACCCGGCGACCGUCCCUGGAACGACCCUGGUCCGUCUCGCAGAAAGCUCAAGGCGGCUGCUGCGGCGGGCCUUGAAGCUGGGAUGGCUGAUGUGGACACUUCGCUGCCGACUCUCAAGGCUAUCAUCCUGGACUUUAGCUCGGUUAAUCACGUCGACAUCACGUCUGUGCAGCAGAUGAUUGAUGUUCGCAACCAACUCGACCGCUAUGCGUCUCCCAAUGUCGUGGACUGGCAUAUUGCUUGUAUCACCAACCGCUGGACCAAGCGCGCCCUCGUCAAUGCCGGUUUCGGCUACCCGACAGAGCGCGGUGACGGACCGCGCACGCGUUGGCGAAGUAUCUUCAGUGUGGCCGAGAUCGGCGGCUCCCAGAGUGCUGCUGCGGCAGCCGAGCUCGAAGUUAACGAAAAGGAGCUCGGUCCUCAAGCGACGCGGACAGCAGACGCCGAAGUCGGCCUGGGCCUUCACAAGAGCGGCAGCAGUAGUGAGGUCAUGACCGCUCAGGCCAAGGGUGCUAAGAACGUCAAGAGCCGAAAUCCUCGGACUCGCGCCGUUCCUGUUCAUGGCCACAACCGACCCCUCUUCCACGUCGAUCUGACGAGCGCCCUACAGAGUGCCAUUGCCAACAUUGAGGCGAGAAACGAGAACGAGUCUUCGUCUGAGACGACUGUGGCCGAGGGAAGUCCUACGAGCACUAAGUGA